CGUUCGAGUGUACUUUUAUAUGAUAACUCUUUCAAAUGCUUUUCUAUCAUGGGUACGAAAUAUCUCUGGUUGUUAUGACAAACUUGAGCUAAAUAUUUGCGUGAACGACGGGAUGUUUGAAGUCAGGUGUUUAUUGGUGGCUAGAAUAUUUCACCAAAACUAUUGCAUAAAAUUAUCAUCAUCUCAGUCAUUUGUUACCGCUGUAUUUCUGUAAAGCAAUGGACUAACCCUUUUAUCCGCUUUUUAUUGCAGUUUGAAGGUUGAGAAACGAAUGAGUUGAGACAUUCUAUUAUUUUUUGGAUCUCGAAUACUGCAAUUUUUGUUAUAGGCCAAUCAGUUUUUCGCCUUUUCCCCGUAUAAGUUAUCUAAAUAAAAACACAUCUGAUUUCUGUUUUCCCUGCUGUCAACACUAUUGUGACACAACAACGGCUCUCUAUAUCUCUUCAUAUUCCAUAAACUUGCAUAAAAUCAACUCCCCUUAGUUCAGAUUACGAUCUUAGUUUCAAUCGUUCAAUUUGUUGGGGUUCGAUGUGAGCUUGCAGAAUAGCAUGGGGGUUUGACAGGCUCGCAAAGGUAAAUAACCACUAGUUUACCCAAUUAGACUUUUUAACCGCACACGUUGAAACCGUGAUCUCAUCAGUUUACAUCAGAAAUGAGUUUCUGCUAAUUCUUUUAGUAGUUACAAACGUUAUGCGCAAACAUUAUGGGAACAAAUAACAUGUAGAAAACUUCAUCAUAGUAAUUUAAUUAAUACAUCUAUUUUACAUGUGUUACAAGUCAUUUCUCAUAUACAUUUCAAGUGUAACAUUUGUAAUGAUAGUUUGCACUAGGGUGCUAGACUAAAUUAAUCUGAUUAGCUGAUAGAUUACGGCCUAGUGUAUGCUGUGUUCAUCCACUAUAAAGGCUAAAUCUGUAUGUGUUUCUAUACGCACAUGAUAUGAAGAGGCCACCACCUCAUUGAUACAUCAACGUCAUAGAGUACUUGAAUAUAAAAUCCGUUGACAGUGUAUGUACACAACUUGAAUGGCUGUAUAUAUAAAUAUAUAAAGUUGGCUGUAUAGAUAGUGCAUAUGACAUUUGCUGGUUGAGCAAGAUGGAAGCAACAUGGUAUGAUGUGAUUGAAAAUCCGUUGACGCCAAAAAUAAUAGAUUGCUGGGAUGUUCACAGCUUUGUUUCUUACGGAAAUGAUUUUGAAAUGAAAAUACGUCAACACGUUCAUGGCCGAAACAUGGACGAUGCAUUAAAUGCUCGUAUUCACUUCAUAGCAAAUGAAGACGGAACGUAUUCACCUAACCAAACACAAAAAGUUGAUUUUACUACAACAAGCAAGAAAGCAAUUUCACAUAGAUUUGAUAAGAAAGUUAGUGAGGUUGAUGCUCUUGCGGACUUCAUAUUUGCGGGAAAGUUUUUUUUCAUUACGGACUACAAAAAUUAUUUCAUCGUUGCAUCGUGCGAUGCUGAAAGAGGAUUGAGUGUAUUUGUAAAAAACAGAACCCUUCGACCAGAUGGACAAGACAUGUUAAAUUUGUGGAAUAUGUUUAUUAAAUACAGAGAAUUACCGCAACAAAAGGUGGUUUUGAGCGAAGCAUGUAUUAAUCGAAAAUCUGGCAGUAGAGCUUGGUCUUUACACCAAUGCAGUAUAUUUUCGCAUCCUUCAAUCAUUUUAUUGUUAUACGUUGGUCAUUGCGUUAUCAGCCAUAUUUUAUUUUGGUGAAGGAACGAGUCUUGUUGAAACUAUAGUUUUGUUUAUAAUAAAACUUUACUAUUGAAAAUUCUAAUCAUCCAUGCACUGUCAAAAUAAAAUUAGUUGGGAAACCUAAUGGAAUUAAAACAGUCGCUCUUGUAACUCUGACCCUCUGGUUCUCCCUCCAGAAUGAAAAAAAAAUUGUGUUAGCAUAAAUGUUGGAACUUUUUCAUAUUAUAGCCUAGAGAGAUUUUGAUAACCUGAUUCUACGAUAAUUUUAAAUAAAUAUCCAACGGUGAAGAUUUAAUAUUUCUUAAUAUGACUAUGCCUUUGAUUUGGGCGAGGAAAAAAGGAUCUUUCGUUCUUUUAAAUUA